AUGUUUAAAAAGUUUUCCCCAUCCACGGACAUUGCGGGACAGGCCAUCCUCAAGCAGUCAGCACAGCGUACGAUCAGAGCAAAUUUGCUAGAUCAAUGGAAGGGACUCACUCCAGAGACGCUGGAUGCAUCAAUUUGGUCCAAAAAGGAGUCUCUCGUCCUCGUCAAAGGACGUGAUCACUUGUCCAUCUAUACCGUGCAAGGGCGACCCCUCUUCUUUCAGCACUUUGAUGGGCCACUGAUUCCUACAUUGCGACUGCUCCAUCAAUUUCCAAAGAUACUCCCCGCGCUUCGUGUCGAUAGAGGCGCGAUCCGCUUCCUUCUUCAGGGAGCAAAUAUGAUGGCUCCCGGAUUCACCUCCAAGGGCGGUUGGCUUCCUGAUGCUAGUGAAGCAAUCCCAGCUGGCACAGUGGUUGCGAUUGAGACCGAAGGAAAGGAGCAUGCCGCUGCCAUUGGGAUCACGAAACUAUCCACCGAGGAUAUGAAGGCUAUCAACAAAGGCGUCGCUGUGGAGAUACUCUGCUACCUGGGAGAUGAUUUAUGGAACUAUGGAAUCCUCCCUGUACACGUCCUUGCAACGCGUCUGUUCAACCACGAUAUGACUUUCAGGUCCCGCCAUGUUCGCGUCAAAAGUGGUGACUACGGCUUGAACCACUCCACUUCCGGCAUGAUUUCGCUCAGCGACGAAUACACAAUCGCGCUGGGAAUCACCGCAGCCGCAACAUAUCUCAUAUCUACUCUUCUUGUUCCUCCGCCUCUUGUUCAUCCCUUGCUUCUUGGCCGCCAAUCUCAUGUUGCUCAAGUGCGCAAGGAAAACGAGUCCGCUGUAUAUUCAAACUAUGGAAUAGGAGCUUCCUCACUUCCCAUUGCACCCGGCAAGGGCGUGACGACUCAGGUAUCUCUCUUGAGACAGGACGCGCCGUUCGACACGGCAGAACGCUGGUUAUGGGACCAAAAGAUUAACAACCGAGACCUUCAAGCAAAGGUCAGCCGAAUUGGAGCAGCGUUGUGUGCAGCAGCUGGCUUGGUACCAAAGGGCUCUCGUGUAUUACUUCUUCUCCGUGACAGCUUGGAAUGGCUCAUUGCCGACCUUGCCUUGGCCUCUUACUGCGUCCCCACCAUUACAUUAUCGUCCAAUGCGUUAUUGACGGCUACUUUGGAAACCCAUCCACCUACCGCCAUUGUCGUGGACGCGAGCGAAUUGGUGCACCUGCUGGAACUUCUCGAAGAGUCGACCCACAAACCCGUCAUCAUCGUCGUCGGAGAUCGCACUGGGGAAACCAAAGUGUGGGCGAAGAAGGUCGACUUGAGGCUUGUCACAUGGGAAGACUUGGAAAACGUUCCUCCAAGCACUCUUCAACUUCCGACCCCGAUUGCUUCCGACAUUUCAAGUGCACACUUUUUCGCGAUAAAAAAUGGGGCAGGUCUUGCAUUGAAAGGGGUACAGUUCACUCAUCAGAAUGUUGUGGCCGGAGCAACGGGUAUCCUCAACGUCCUUCCGACCGUUGGUCCCUGGAGUGAAAAGGACACCAUAGUAUCUGCACACUCACUUUCCACGCCGUAUGGUCGCUCAAUCGUGUAUGCCGCACUCUACAGUGGUGCCAAUUUUGGCACAAUGAAUACUUUCAAGGGGUUACACGAGAGCCAAGACAUAACCCCGUCUUUGUCCGAGGUCAUCCGUGCUUCAGAGCACGAAUCACGUCCAUCUCCGACAAUCAUCUUAAUCACGCCAAAACAUCUCAACGCAAUGACGACUAGCAUUCUUUCCAUGAGCAAAAAAUCACCCUUCUUCUGGCUUGCCUGGAGACAUAAGUAUUCCGCCUUGCUGCGUGGAUAUCUCGUAAAGGACGGAUUCUGGGAUAGACAGGUCUUUGCACGAGCACGCAUGGAUGCACUUGGUUCGCUGCCUACAACUCUACGUGGCGUUGUUGUUGGGCCAGAUGCCCUGGACUAUUCCGCAGUCCUGCCCGCUCGGAUCGCACUUUCAGUACCCCUUGUGAACGUCUAUGCGAAUCCGCUGGCCACAGGUCCGAUCUUUGCGAGCCAUCCUCUGGAUAUGCAAGUAUUGGAAACGGAAGGCACUCCAGCACACGACGUUGCCGGCAAAGCUCAUAGCGGUCCUCCCACCUGCAAUAUCUCUGUCAAAUUGGUCAACACUCAGGAGGAGACUGUUGCAGGAGGCGCAGAUCCAGAGGGAAAUCUCCAAAUCAAGGGCCCUGGCGUUGGUGACCCGAUCCCAAUGGGUGUCCAGUCAGAAGAAGGCUGGGUCGACAGCGGCGUCACAGCUCACGUUCGUUCCAACGGCACCUUUGUCGUUGGUAACCCACACGAAUCCACGAGCUCGAGCGCCCAUGACUUUACUCUGAUAUAG